AUGUCCUCGGGGGAAACACUACCUCAAGCAUUAAACAGGUCAUCAUCAUCAGCAUUUGUUACUCAUCAAAUUUCGAACUUUCCAUUGUUUACUCAAUUAACUCAACAGCAGCAACAUCAACAACAUCAACAACAACAACAACAACAACAACAGCAACAACAACAACAUUAUCUUCAUCGUCAUCACUAUCAUCCAUUUCAACAACAGUAUCAUCAAUCAUCAUCGACCACUACCGCUAUUAAUAGCUACAGCAAUAAUAACAGCAACUACAACAAUAACAGUAAUAGUGGUACAUCACCGCAACAACGUAUUAAACUGAAACGACAACGACAACGUGUUGACGCCGGUGAACCACGUAAUCCUUAUCAGGCAACACGCAUACCGAUGCUCCAACAGCACCAACAACAACAACAGCACCAACAACAACAUCAUCAACAACAACAGCAACGAUAUGCGAAUGAUUUGCAGCUCAGCAAUGUUAUUAGAAAGAAUAAUAAUAAUAAUAAUAAUAACAAUAAUAGUAUUGCAUAUACAACAACAGCAACAACAGUAACAACUCAAAAUAACAACGUCAAUGUUGCCUUAAGCAGUAUAUUCCCUUGGAUAACGACUACGAUAACAACAACAACAGCAGCAGCAAUAGCGGCAACAACAACAACAACAACUGCUCCUAUUACAACAAGGCAGCAAAGAUUUGAAUCAUCGUUUAAUAUCAUGGAGCAAAUUAGUGAUACAGAUGAUUUUGUCCAAAAUCUUAGUCAACAACAAAACAUUAACAAUAAUGAACAUCAGGAAUUGUUAACAUCAACGAUGUCACAUGUAAAUAAUGAUGUUAAAGCUAACGAUUAUAAGAAUGAAGCGUUAGCUACAAUCAUUAAUCCAGCUAAUGAUGAUGAUGAAACAAUUACAAUGACUACUGAUGAGCAACCAUUUGGGUUAAAUGCUGCUGAUGAUAAUGACGAUGAUGAUGAUGAUGGCGAUGAUGAUGAUGAUGAUACAUCAUAUCUAAAAGAAGAAAAUAGUAUGAGUGAGACAAGCCCAACUCCAAGCGCAUCAUUUACCGGUGGUGGUGGUGGCGGUGGUGUUGGUGGUGGCGGUAACGGUGGUAACAGUGGUAGCAGUAGUUCAUCAAGACGUAAAAGUGCUGCACCGCAACGACAACCGAUUGAUAUCGAUGAUGAAUGCAAUCCUCAAAUUGAACAAAAUGAGGAUGUGAUGGAAGAUAAUAAGACAGUAAAUAAAGCAAAUAUCGAAAAAUCACCUGAAAGAAAAAUGGCUAAUGAAACACCGAAAAAUAUUUUAGCUGCUAGUUUAGCUGCCAAUAUUCACCCACAGAACAGGAUACAAGAAAUGAUUGAUAUACAAAAACGAAUUUAUUCGAACUGGAUUGAACAACAGAAGAAAUUAUUGGGCGCAAAUGAUGAAGAGCAAAAACGAGCGCAAAUUCAACUGAUACAACAACAAAUUCAGCGGGAUUAUGCUAAAUUAGCACAGUCAUUAAAACAAGAACUUAUCAGUGGAUUAAAUAGUAGCGUUGAUAAGAUAAUAGCUGAAUUCAUAGCUGCAGAAGCAGCGAUCAGCGCGCAACGUACAACUGCGGCACUUGUGGAGCAGCAACGUGAACAAGCAGCAGCUGUUGUUGUUAAUCGAAAUCCAUUCCUCUUCCAUCCUCUGUAUCAUUCUUUUAACGGUCAAUCUGGUCCUUUUCCGAAUCCCUUUAUACAAAAUAGCCUACCAUUACCGCCACCAUCACAUCAUCCGCCCGGUAUUUUUCCAGCUGCUUCCGCUCCUCGCACAACUUUCAAUCCGUUUGUACCACACUUGAAAGCAGCAUCACCAGCCACUGCAGCUUUUCGCAAAAUAGAUGAUUUGAGUUCAUUUGCGCCACGAAAGAAACGAUCCAAAGUGACAGAUUCAUCACGGAUCAACAAAAUUCAACCAAUAGCUGCUGCUAAUCGUGAAGUAUCCUCACUUCCAAAUAGCGCCCGAUCCUCACCACAACUAUCAUCAUAUUUUCCACCAACAAUGGUUGGUCAUCCAUUAUACGGUGGUGGUACAUUUGCUGCUGAUGAUCGGGAUAGUCCGAUCAAUUCGGAUGAUGCAAGCGAUUGUGGACCAUAUGAUGGAAGUAUCGGUGGAAGUUCAACUUUAACACCGAUGCAUCUACGUAAGGCAAAACUAAUGUUUUUUUAUACACGUUAUCCGAAUUCAGCUUUAUUGAAGUCGUAUUUUCCGGAUAUUCGUUUUAAUAAAAAUAACACCGCACAAUUGGUUAAAUGGUUUUCGAAUUUCCGGGAAUUUUUUUAUAAUCAAAUGGAUAAAUACGCAAGGAAUUAUCUAGCUGAAGGGAUCAAGAAUAAGGAUGAUAUUAUUGUUACACCAGAAUCGGAAAUUUAUAAAAGUCUCAAUCAGCACUAUAAUCGUAAUAACCAUAUUCAGCCACCAGAACGGCUAUCAUUGGUAAUACAAGAAACAUUACGUGAAUUUUUUUGUGCUGUACAAAGUGGACGUGAUGCGGAGCCAUCUUGGAAAAAGACAAUUUAUAAAGUAAUUAACCGAAUGGAUGAUCCAAUUCCGGAAUAUUUUAAGGAUCCUAAUUUUCUAGAACGUUUGGAGGGCUAA